AUGGGAGAUAAGGUGCGGUGGCCUAAAGAAAUAAGACCAGACCCGAGCAAAAGAAGUCCAGAUUUCUGGUGUGAAUUUCACAACGAUCAUGGCCAUAGAACAGCAGAAUGCAGAUUACUCCAAGGAGAAGUCGAGCAUUUGUUGAAGCAAGUCAAUGUAAUAACCGGGGGAGAUGAGGUCAAUGGUGUGACAUAUACAAUUGCAAAAAAGACGUCAAAAGUCAUGGUCACUCAUGGGAAGAGAGUUCGCCAAGUCUUGGAUGAAAAUAGUAUAACAUUUGAUGAUGAAGACACGGAUGGCUUGAUAAUUCCUCAUAAUGAUGCGCUGGUAGUAUCUCUACUUGUACACGAUACUAACGUUAAACGAGUUUUGAUUGACCCAGGUAGCUCCGUAAAUAUCAUUCUACUAAGGGUGGUGAAUGAAAUGCAAGCUAAUGACAAGGUGAUACCAAAUGCACGGUCUUUGUUUGGAUUUGAUAAUUCAAGUGUUAUCACACAAGGGGAAGUAAUGCUUACCACGUUUGCAGAGAGAGUUACCGAGGAUACAAAGUUCCAGGUGAUAGAUGCAGACAUAGCUUAUAAUAUAAUUCUAGGAAGACCAUGGAUUCACGAUAUGGGCGUUGUACUGUCCACAUUACAUCAAGUUAUUAAGUUUCCUUUACAAUGGGGAAUUCAACAAAUCCGUGGAGAUCAACAGGCUUUUAGAAGCAUCAAUUCAGUGGUGGUUACAAGCACGAUGAACGAUGUUGCAGACCGGGAAUAG